CGAAGCUGAGAGAAGAUGAGGGACGUCCAUUUGCAAACUCCUCAGAACGAUCUCUCUCUCGCCAAUCGCAAAUCGAAAUCCAUUCACGAUCACUCUAAGAAGACUCUGAAAAAUGCGAAGAAGAACUUGAAUUCUGAGUUCUCUGCGUUUGUGGAAGGUGCUGCAUUGCACGAAUCGCCAAACGACACCGCCGACUUUUCUCUUAUUUCGGAGGCUGUGGAUGAUUAUCAAUUUGGCGAUUCCACCGAGAAAUUUGUUUUUCCAUUGCUUCCAGAAGUUUCCCCUUCAUCAGACAAUGGUGGUCUCUCUGACCUCACUUCUGUGUCAUCUGGAAUUGCUUCUGAUAUAUACUCAACAGGCAUUUCCUCAACCUAUCAAUGCCAGAAUUCUGAAGCAAAGAUUUCUGUGGAGACAGAAAUGGCAAUCAAGCAUCUAAGACAGGUGCGAAAUCAGGUCAUGAAUUCCACAGAUGUGGAUCUGCAGUCUAAGAGGCUUCUGGAUGCAGUAAUUGAUGUUGUAAUGCAGGAGUUCUGUGGUUUGCCCGAAAAGAAGAAAUGCUCAGACUCGCCUAUUUUGAAGAAAUGUUUACUGGUAUCACUAACUUUCCUGCUGUGGAUCCUUGCUGUUUUCUUUGGUUCACUGUUCAGCUCUAGUGGAACACAACCCUUCCUUGGUCCUCUACCAACCUGAAAUUGUCCAUACAUUAUAUGA